GACUAUUUUCCUCACAAACAAGCAAUGGCUGUGGAUGUAGCAAUGCAGCUAUACCUAUGCUCCUCACCCUUGCGGAGAGAGAAGUGUGCCUGCAAAAUUGCUCCGAAGCCAAGCAAGCCCUUGCGACCCUGCAUCCAGCUAAGUGGCAAGGCUGCAGUGAGCGGACCAGAAGAGGCAGCAAACUCCUUCACACACAGCAAAGUGAAGAAGAGAGUGUCAUUUGCAGAUAGCAGAGGCUUUGCCCUGACGAUGGUGAAGGUGUUCUCAGAGUUUGAUGAUCCGCUGGAUAUUCCAUUCAACAUUACUGAGCUGAUUGACAACAUCGUGGGUCUGACAACAGUGGAUGGGGACAGCUUUGUCCUGGAUUUCACUCAGCCCUCUGCGGACUACCUGGACUUCAGAAACCGUCUCCAGGCAGACUGUGUCUGUCUUGAAAACUGCAUGCUAAAGGAUCGCUCCAUUGUGGGAACAGUGAAGGUGAAGAACCUUGCUUUCGAAAAGACUGUGAAAAUCAGGAUGACGUUUAACACCUGGAAAAGCUUUGUAGAUUACCCAUGCCAGUAUGUUAAGGAUACGUAUGGAGGGUCAGAUCGGGACACGUUCUCCUUUGACAUCAGCUUGCCUGAGGGGAUUCAGUCCCAUGAAAAAGUUGAGUUUGCCAUCUCAUUUGAGUGCAAUGGGAAGGUGUACUGGGACAGCAACAGGGGCACAAAUUACAGGAUCAUACAAUCAGCACUGAAGUCCGCCCAGGAAGCUUUCCGCCCUCUGCAGGGCCCUGACUUUGGCAGUGCCUUUGACCAGUUUGGGAGUCCUCGGUGCUCGUAUGGCCUCUUUCCUGAGUGGCCCAGCUAUUCAGGCUAUGAGAAGCUAGGGCCUUACUACUGACCCAAGAACAAAGUCCUGACUGACAAACUGUUGCUGGUGUGCCCACAGGCCUGGGAGCGAGUCUGAAUGUAAGAUGUACAGAAUGGUGGAAGAAGUAUGGCUCUGUGUAGCUCUGCAUAAGCCUCCCAGCAAAACCAGAUGUGUGGCCAUCUGCUGGCAAUGGGCUUACAGUCAGAGAAGCAUCUCUGGCAUAAAGGAUCUGGCCCAACUCAGAUAAUUGGCUUUCUACAUGCUCAAAGGACCAGGAGCUCAUGUCUCAGUGCUGCUCCUUCCUCUUCUAUACAGCUGCUAGUCUCCAGGCAAACACUGCAGUGUUUAUAUUGUCUGUCCAAGCUAUGUAGUGGUGGCUGCUUUGUAUUGCUUGCCUAGUGUUAAAAGGGUUUGUUUUCA